GUGGAUGCGAUCAUACAUGAUCAUUUGCGUACAUACAGUUACCGAGAAGAGUUCAAAUUUCCAGGAAGUUACUCUUCACUCCUUCAUCAGAGUGCUGCUGGUUGCAUGAGCUCCAGAUGUGCAUAAAUAAACAUAGAUUGAAUUUUGAAUUCUAACUCCGGGUUUACCCUUCAAGACGAAGAUCAGUCCGCAAAAUGUCGAUCUCCGCUCGGUGGGCUAGACGCCGAACGUUGGUGAUCACUAUUUUCACCUUAGGAUUGUACUAUUUUCUAUCCUCGUCGUACACUAAGUACCAGAUCGAUAGCAUCAUACAACGCACCAAGCCGGAAGACGUGUGGGAGUAUGUGGCCGACUUCAGCAAAAUGAUGAAACUUAAUCCAACCAUCAUAAAUUUUAGCGUUCUUACUGAUCACGGGAACUUAGAGCACUGGAAGUAUUCCGUGGAAUACACAGAACGACUAUCGCACUGGCCGUAUACGAAAAACACUGCGGUUGGGCAUUUUUCGGUGCGCAAACUGCCUGAAGAUGAGGGUGGUCAAUACUUGGUUGCUUCCACCCACAGGACGUGCUUUUUGUUUGGAUUGUUUUGCCUGAAUUCCAAAGGGGAGUUCAAAAUAUCAACAAUAAAUGAGGAGGAUACGUACUGCCAGGAAACGGUACUAUAUCAGUGUCCAUUUUUGUUCGGUCGGUUCUGUAGGCGAGAAGUCGAAUAUCAACGAUCGGCCAUUAUGGAAAAUUUAAAUCGGUACUUCAGGCUGAGAAAAAACUAGAAUAUAUUUGAAUUUUAAUACA